CAAGUCCAAGAUAUUUUUUAAAAAUAGAAAGUGUAAGAGAGUGAGAUUAUGGGGAACGCUGGGUUAGUUACAUUGAUGUCUGAAGAGGAGGUUACAAUGUACUAAAUUAAGGAGAAUGAGGAAGACGAGGAAAAGUUGCCUAAAAUGGUGGUUGGUUGGAGGUCAAAGUCUAAACCCCACAAAGGCAAUAAAAUUUAGAAAACCAAAACUGCCAACCAACCCCAAAAGCCAAAAGCCCUUUGGAAAUUCCCUCACCACCAAACCAAACCGAGUCAUUUUUUUGUUUUUCUUGUGUAAUUCCUUUUUAUGGAUACGGAAUAAGGAAAAGGGAAAACACAGACAAACCACACCAAUUCUCUCAAAAGCCCUGCCACCCCUUGCAAUUCUACAAAUCAAGCCUUAAACUUUCUGACACCCUUUUCAUCAGAACUGUGUCCAAACCUUAAUCAUCACUUUGGUGGUAAUGAUACUGGGCUUUUAAUACACCAGGAAUCAUCAAAAUACCGAAUUUCCCAACAUUUCUAUCUAAGGUUUUGGACACUGCAAAUACCGUCUUUGAUGGUUUCCACUUUUACAUAUUAUGGUGUCACUAUUUCUUAAUAGGCAUUUGAUUUGUGGAGUUUGUGGCUUGGGCUCAGUUACGUAGAUGGUGUAGAUAGGAAGCUAGGAUUUUUCAUAUUGGCAUUGGUUUUUAUUUGAUGAAUUAUUUGUUGCUCAGUUGUGUGUGUGAGACUAUGUAAGGGAUGGUAUCUGCUACAUUUAGGCGAAUUGUGUCACCCUGUUGGAGACCAUACAAUCAAGGUGAAUUUUCUAGUAGGCAUGGGGAUGCAAGUGGACGUGUUGAUGGUUUGUUGUGGUAUAAAGAUUCGGGAAAACACGCCAACGGUGAUUUCUCAAUGGCAGUUGUUCAAGCAAACAAUUUGUUGGAGGAUCAAAGCCAACUUGAAUCAGGCCCCUUGAGCUUUCUUACUGGAAGUCCUCAAGGAACUUUUGUUGGAAUAUAUGAUGGGCAUGGAGGUCCAGAAGCUUCCCGGUUUGUCAAUGAACGCCUAUUUAAAAACAUCAAGAAAUUUACUACAGAAAAUAAGGGAUUGUCAGCUGAUGUUAUAAAAAAAGGAUUCUUGGAAACAGAAGAAGAAUUUCUUUCUGUGGUAGAGAAGCAGUGGCUGCACAAGCCACAGAUAGCAUCAGUUGGAUCAUGUUGUUUGAUAGGCAUAAUAUGUGGCGGGGAGCUCUAUAUUGCAAAUGCAGGAGAUUCUCGUGUGGUGUUAGGUAGACUUGAUGAGACUACAAAAGAGAUUAAAGCAAUUCAACUUUCCUCUGAGCACAAUGCUAGCCUUGAAUCUGUUAGAGACGAGUUGCGUGCAUUGCAUCCUCAUGAUCCGCAGAUUGUAGUUAUGAAGCACAAGGUCUGGCGUGUGAAGGGUAUAAUUCAGAUUUCAAGAUCCAUCGGUGAUGCAUAUCUAAAGAAGGCAGAGUUUAAUAGAGCACCCUUAUUACCAAAAUUUCGAAUCUCUGAGCCCUUUGAUAUGCCAAUCCUUAAAGCAGAACCAGAAAUACUAGUACAGAAGCUGCAUCCUCAGGAUCGGUUUCUCAUAUUUGCAUCAGAUGGAUUAUGGGAGCACGUGAGCAAUCAAGAAGCAGUUGCCAUUGUCCAAAACUAUCCACGUAAUGGAGUGGCAAAGAAACUUGUGAAAACUGCACUUUGUGAAGCUGCAAAGAAAAGAGAAAUGAGAUACUCAGAUUUGAAAAAGAUUGACCGAGGGGUAAGAAGACAUUUCCAUGAUGACAUCACAGUUAUUGUUUUGUACCUUGAUUCUCACGCAAUCAUCGGUGCCAAUUCACGUGUGCCCAUGAUUUCAGUCAAAGGAGGUGCUGAUUUUGGAAUUGGUAUUAUGAAUGCCUAAGUGCUAAAGUUUUGUCACAUCUAUAUCACUUUAACCCACCCACCUCUUCCAUUUGUAUUUGCAUACAAAAGCUAAAAUUUCCCCUCCUUGGGAUUACAGAAUCAACAAAGAAUUUCCUCUCUCACUUGUUUCCUUUUCCAAAUUUUCCAUCAUGCAUUUAAUGUAAUGUGUUUGGUUCUUGGUUCUCGUUAUUAAUUUUUAUUAAAAAUUAUAAAAUUCAAUACAUGAAUAAAUG